GCGCUCAGCACGACACCAGCCCCCAGGCGAGAUGGAGACGACGCGACCGAAGUCUGGUCAGAUUGGGCUGCCACGCUGCUUACCACCUUGGGCAGCCCGCAAGGUCCAUGUUGCUCGCUGACACGGGCAUGAAUGAGAGCAUGAAGGCUGGUGGAGGCAAGUGCGAGUGAAGCUCACGCCUGCCCUCAUCAGCCCCGCCCACGCAAUUUGAUCAAGCCCUCCAUCUCCUAGCGGGGAUGGCAGAUGGAGCAGGCUGUGGAUUUACCCCGUUAAAACAGGAUCGAGGCCCAGUGGCAUGAUGGGGAAGGUGGGAAACCGGCACAACACCCUGCCUGACUGCUUUUCGUAGUUGUUUCUGUCCCAUUGAUGCUGUCCCAUUGAUGCUGCCCCCGCCUGCCACUUCGUCCCAUGUGGUCUUUCCAUCGUUAGUGUUGAUGUCAGACAGAGUCGUGUAAGAAGAGCGGAGAGCCAUCACUAUCGGUUCAUUUGGCCUGGAUAACCCCUUUUCAUCACCCAAACACAAAUCGAGUCGCCAUGGCGCAGGACGGCAGUGUAUUGUCUGGCAAACUCGCCCUCAUUACGGGUGCCUCUGGAGGGAUCGGCGCGGCCGUCUCCAAGGACCUCUGGGCGCUGGGCGUCGACCUCGCGCUCACGUAUUGGUCGUCGCGGGACAAGAUCGACGCCCUGGUGACGGAGCUGGAGGCGGCGCCGGCGCGGGCCGACGCCAAGAUCUCGGUGCACCGCAUAGACAUGGGCACCAACGACGACCCGGACUUUGACUUUCUGUUCGACGAGAUCGAGCAGCUGCAGGCGCGGAGGCCCGACAUACUGGUGGCCAACGCCGGCUACGGCAAGCGCAAGACGUACAUCGAGGACAUCGACCUGGACGAGUUCGACUACAUGGUGCGCGUCAACCUGCGCUCGCCCUUUGUGCUGGCCAAGCACUGCGUGCCCGCCAUGGCCAGGAGGGGCUGGGGCCGCCUCGUGUUCGUGUCGUCCAUCGCCGCCGUCGGCGGCGGCAUCAACGGGCCCCACUACGCCGCCAGCAAGGGCGGCCUGUCGGGCAUGAUGCGCAACCUGGCGGCGCGCUACGCCAAGGACGGCAUCACGGCGAACGACGUCGCCCCCGCCAUGAUCGGCGAGACGGGCAUGAUCGGCGGGCCGCGCGACGUCGAGGGCACGCCGGGAGACGUCAAGAACAUACCCGUCGGCCGCCUCGGCACGCCCAAGGAGGUCGCAAACGUGGUCACGAUGCUGUGUCAGACGGGCUACAUGACGGGGCAGAGCAUCCUGCUUAGCGGAGGGCUAAAGUGAUCUAGAUGCGCAUGUAUUUAGAGGCCGUCUACUAUGUAUGAGCUUUGUUGUGUUCUUUUUAGGUACCAGCUCAUCUCUACCAUGAUAUGAAAAGGAAGCGCGCCACCAGUCUAAUUUUACAAGCACCACCGAAAGUCGGGCGACGCCGGCCCGUCGCGCAGCUUCUCCGUCG